UUGCUACACACCUUUUCUUAAGUCAAUACUUCGUUAUUUAUUCUAAAAAAUAAAUAAAUAAAGUCAAUACUAUAAAUAAAGUUAUACUUGUUUUGAUGUUUUCAAAAAAAAAUUGCGUGCGAGAAAACUUCAACCGAUUUGCACUUCCAUUCCAUCCCAUCGCCGGCAAGGGCAACGCCGCUUACUCUGCCGCCAGCGGAGCAGCACCGAUAUCCCGCCGCCUCCUCUUCCACCCUACAACUACAUUUAAAACAUCUCUAAUUACAGUUAAUACGACCGAUGAGUCAAACUAGUGGUCAGGGUCCACCCUCUGCGCCGCCUCUUCAGCUGCCACCGCCGCCACUACAAAGAGCCAAGUUGAUCACUAAUGAUGUGAAUGUUCAUAAGGACACAAUUAGGCUUCAAUUGGAUGAAUUUUACCCUGAUUGCCACUUGGUUUCCUUCACUUUUGAUGCUUCGGUUAAUGGAAGGUAUUUCAUUUGUUUUCACUUUUUUUUUUCUCCAUAUUUGUUCGAGUCGAAUCGAGCGAAUUAUUGUUCGUACCUUUGGCUAAGAGUAAAUAAACUGAUGCAUGUAACUAUGGUUAUAAAUUGCAGUAUCACAAUCUUCUAUUUCGCGGAGGAGGGAGACGAGUGUAAAUUCACUCCAAUACACCCGGAGAUUAAUCCCGUAAAAAUUCAAUUCAGAAAAGGGCCCGGACUGAAGUUCUGCCAGCCUUCAGGAACCGGUAUAGACUUAGGCUUCUUUGAUAUUGAUGAGCUGUCAAAGGCUUCCCUAGGAGGAUUCGUUUACCCGCUCGUAAUAUUAGCGCAGUCGUCUACUAAUAAUAAUGCUCAGAUCACUCAAGCUGUGUUGGAGAAAAAAAAUGGGAAGAUUUUUCAUGUGAAAGUAAUUAAGCAGAUUUUGUGGGCCGGUGGGGUCUGCUACGAGUUGCAUGAUAUAUACGGCGGUAGUGGUACGAAUAGAGCUUCGGUUAGCGAUGCGGAGUCGGAAAACGAGUGCAUCAUUUGCUUUGCCGAGGACAAGAACACGGUUGUCUUGCCGUGUAGGCACAUGUGUAUGUGCGGUGAAUGUGCCAAAGAUUUGAGGCUGAAAUCAAACAAGUGUCCAAUAUGCCGGCAGCCUAUUCAGGAGCUUAUGGAGAUCAACUUUACCAAGGUAAUAAAUAAUAGAAGACAAUUAAAAGGCUUAUGA